UGUUGAAGAAACAAAUUGUACAAAAUCCAGAAACAGUGGAAAACCUAAACGUUGAGUGAAGAGAGUGAGGCCUGACCGCCUAAGGGGGGCUUUUCAAUCACUGUCGACCCGCUUUUCCCAAAAUUUUCAUUUCUUUUUCCCGCUGCACACCCAUUUUUGCGCUUUCCCUCUCUUUGUUAUUUCUCUCUCUUUCUCUGGUUUUCCCCACCAAAACAACGAAAAGGCAGUACAGAACCCACAAACGCAAAAUCCGAAUUGAAUGAGUGUAAAAUGGAGUGCAACAAAGAGGAGGCUAUCAGAGCAAAAGAAAUGGCAGAGAAGAGGAUGGCUGCUGGCGAUUUUCUGGGGGCAAAGAAGAUCGCAUUGAAGGCCCAAAAACUCUAUCAGGAUCUUGAAAAUAUAACUCAGUUGUUGACAGUGUGUGAUGUUCAUUGUUCUGCUCUCAACAAGGUAAAUGGAUCAGACAUGGAUUGGUAUGGAAUUCUUCAGGUUGAAAGGUUUUCAGAUGAUGCAGCAAUCAAAAAGCAGUAUAGAAAGCUUGCGCUCUCACUUCAUCCAGAUAAGAACAAGUUUGCUGGUGCAGAGGCUGCUUUUAAAUUGAUCGGAGAAGCAAAUAGGUUGCUGACAGACAACACACAACGUCUUCUUUUCGACAUGAAGCUCAAGCAUUCGGUGAUUACUGCUGCAACAAAGCAACCAACCCAUCAGAAAAAUAUGAAUCCAUCUGUCAGUCAGCAGUCCACAACAUCAAGAAGUUUUGCGUAUGCUCCUUAUACGCAGUUCUCGAGCUCAGGCUUCUCAGGUCCUUAUGCUCCGUUCAUGAGCGCUCCUUAUGCGCAGUUCACACGUGCAGCUCCAGGAUCUCAACAGAGUCAGCCUCCUAACCAGAAAGGAGUUGCAAAUCAGGGCCCCUCAAAAGUAGCCUCACAGGGUAAUGGUGCAAAUCCUCCUGGCACAUUUGUGGCAGUGAAUUUCACUGGUGUUUGUGGAAUUUCUAAGCCUGGAGAGAAGGCAAAUCAACACAUGAACGUAGCUGCUGGAAAUGUAGGCCAUGCUGCCAGGCCCAAGGAAUCAGGAACUUCAUAUGGCAUGGGUAGAAAGAGGAGGAAAAAGUUAGUGGAGGAGGAAUCUGAUGAUAGUUCUGAGACUGCUAGUAGUAGGAUCAGUGAAGAUAUGGUCAAUGAAGAAAUUUAUGACACAGGCCAUCAACCUAGAAGAUCCAGGAGGCAAAGGCAGAAUGUUUCUUAUAAAGAAAAUGUAAGUGAUGAUGACGAUUAUGCGAACUCUCCUGCAAUGACAAGAGGCAACAGUUCAUUUUCCAAUAAUGAAGAGAGGAAUGAAGCUCCUCUUGAUGAUGGGGUGCAUAAAGAUAUUAAAUCAUCUAGUUCUACAGGUUCUAUGGCUGGGCAUGGGGAAGAUGUUAAGAAAAAGGCAAGUACCAUUCAUGAAGAAAGCUUGGCAAAUAAGGAAAGCAGAACUGGGGAAGAUGGUGGCAAGGACGAGAAUAUUAACAUGUCGGAUAACAAUAACUCCAAGUCUGAGGAUGAUGCAGAUCUAAAUGAACACUUCCCUGAAAAGCCAGAGGCAGUUCAAUAUCCUGACCCAGAAUUUGGUGAUUUUGACAAGGAUAAGGCAAAACAUUGCUUUGAUGUAAAUCAAAUAUGGGCUAUUUAUGAUCCCAUAGAUGGCAUGCCAAGAUUUUAUGCAAGGGUGAAGAAGUUAUUCUCACCUGGUUUUAGGUUACGGAUAACUUGGCUGGAGCCUGUUCCGGAUGAUGAAGUUGAGCAAGAAUGGUGUGAUGCUGAGUUGCCUGUUGCUUGUGGUAAGUAUGUUACUGGGUCCACAGAGGAGAUUGAUGCUGUUCAGAUGUUCUCUCAUAAGAUUUGUGUGAACCGUAGUGUCAGAAGCUCAUAUUUGAUAUAUCCCAGGCAAGGAGAAACUUGGGCCCUCUUUAAAAAUUGGAGCCUGAAAUGGAGAUCUGACCCAAACAAGCAUAGGCCACCAUAUCAAUUCGAGUAUGUCAAGAUCCUGUCUGAUUUCGUUGAGAAUGUUGGCGUCACGGUUUCUUAUUUGAGAAAGGUGGGAGGUUUUGUUAGCUUGUUUCAUGGCACUAAUCAGCUUAGGCUAAUUCCCAUAAAGGAUCUUUACAAAUUCUCGCACCGGGUUCCCUCAUUUAUAAUGACUGGUGAAGAAAAAAAAGGUGUUCCUGCAGGGUCUUUUGAACUUGAUCCUGCUGCUCUGCUAUUUGAUCAUGGGCUUGAUGAUCCUGGUAAGGUGAAGAUGGAAAAUGCUGACAGCCUUGGUGCUCAGACAAAGCAAACAAGCUAAAAAAAAAACCCUUUUUCACUUGUCAAUACUGGGGUGCUGUAAUGUGCUUUGGUUGAAUGAGGAUGCAGCACAUUGCACAUAGACAUGGUACUUUCUUCCUCACCUUUGGUUACUUAAUGAACAGUUACUGGAAUGCUAUAUAUAUAUAUAUAGUAUAUAUAGUAGUCAAUUACAAAGAAACUUUUCAACUGUGUUGUGUUCCCCCUUUUCAUGUCUGGAACAAUUGGUGGCAUCUGCCUCAAUCUUUUGUUUUGUUGGAGAUAUUUUGCAAGUUUCUUGAGGGUGAAUUAAUAUAAAUGACUGCAUUUCCAUACUAUUAA